AUGGUUCGCGCCCAACAACACGCGGAGACAGCAGGACCGCCUCAAUUCGCAAAACCAAUCCUGCAAUAUACGAAGACUCGCCAGGAGGCGCUCGGGAUUCGACAAGCUUUGACGCUUUAUCUGAAAGCACAGAUCGAAUUUGCGGGUGACUCUUCAGGGUCUCACAUCAGCCUCUGCGCCCCGCAUAAUGCUACUAAUGUGAAGCGCGUGCCGCCAGAAUUGAACAAUGGCCUCCGCGCUCAGUAUCUCAAGGCAUUGCAGGCCAACCUAGUUGCGAAGAGAGAGUAUAACAGUGUACUUCAGGAAAUAGCGUCUCGGAAACAAGAUAUACACUCUCCAGCAUCCGCUGGCGGUGAGGGUCUAGAGGAGAAAGGCGCAGAAUUCCAAACGUACUUGGGACUUCUACGAAGCCGAAGAGAGCAUGGAAAAAUACAAAUUUUCCAACACUACCUAGAGGAGCUGAACAAAAUGGAUGCCGGGCAAGCUGGAUAUCUUGGGCUUGCUAAGGAGCAAGCUACAUCUCGUCAGGCGGCUCAGAACUUGAUGGUCCAUGCUAAUCCAGCCUCGGGGAGCGCAGGUGGUAAUGGAUCAGAUGUCGAAACCCUUCUUAACAACUUGGAAAGAGCAGUACUCCGUGCGAAGAGUCAGGCGGACGUUGAGAAGAGGCUCCUUGAGAAGCUAAAAAGCCAACACCUGGCUGAAGAUGUGAAAUCCGUUCCGACAAGUAAGAAGCUAGGCGCGUUGAGACGCACGCAUGCGGAGCUGGUACGCUGGGUAGAAGAGAAGCUAGUUAUGUCUUCCUCAAUCGAUGAACAAGGCCCUGUUGAGGACCAAACCGCGAUCGACGCGUCAGACGCUGAAAAUAUUCGGGUCUUGGAAGAGACUAAAUCCUUGAUUCAGGAACAAUAUACUGCCUACGUCAAUGCUCGAAAAGCUUUGCUAUCAGUUGUAUCUACGGCGUCUCAACCUCUCCCAGCUGGUCCCCAGACACCACAACGCCGACUUCAGCCUCGGGAGAAUCAACAGAAUACAGCUACGCCGGACCUUACUUUAUUAUUCCCAUACGUAUCGGAAAAUUUACUGCCAUUAUCAAAAGCCCAAAAAGCACCUUCAAUGCAAAAGUCCUAUUUAUCGGCUAUCCUUGCUAAAGAGAAGUGGACUACAUGUCGAAUGCUAGAUCGUCUACAGGAGGAGAGCCAUCUGCUUCCGGAAUAUCCCAUACUCGGGAGACAGCCACGAUUCAAGAAUGCAGUUGCCGCGAUAAACCGCCGGUCCCCCCCUCUGGCCAGCCAAGCAAACCCGAAUGAGGUUUCCGAGAUUGUCACACGCGCGGAGGCGUGGUCAUUUGCAGGCAGGGAAGCGCAGGGAGCUACGAAAGGAUAUAUCGAAGAUAGGAUAAAUUUUGGGACAGAAUUGGCAGAAAAAGCAGAGGAUACGUUGAAGGAGAUAUAUGAACUUAUGAACCAGGACUACGAAGAGGCAACGGCUACUAAGGAAGACAAGAAGGAGGGUGAGAGCGAUAUCUGGACUUCGGAAAGCCGGUAUGCUAGGGGUAGAGGAGGGCGACAUGGCCGGCUGGAAAAGAGACCAAAGGGCCCAUGGUCGGGGUUGAAUGGGAGAGUGGGAGUUAUUGGAGAUGGAUGA